AUGAGAACGACGCGCGGGCACGGGGUCGUUGCGUGCUGCGUGUGGUCCACGCCUUCGGGCAAGGGCGGUAUACCUGACCGCGGGUGCCGGCGGCGCGGCUGGGCGGUUGACGACAGCAUUGGGAGGAGGCGCUGCCCCCGGCUCGACGCGUGCCCCUCAGCGGAGGUGGUGGUGACGUUGGCGGUUAGGCGGCAAUUUAUCGUUCUAGGUGUGGAAAUCAUGCUAACAUUAGUAUUUGCUGGUACGCUUUUGUUAACACGCCACUUUGUUGUUAUAACAAAGUAUGGACCUUUGACUUACUCUCCUCUACCCGUCGAUGAUUUACCUAAUUUCCUCAAAGUGCCCAUCGUUUUUCCUCUUCCGUUGGAAUUGGCUUAUGUGCCUUCCAAAAGUACUGUGGUAAAGGGUAUCGUUGAACACGUAAAAAUGGAUUUAAACAUCAAUUUUAAAGUUCAUGGCUUUUCUUCAGAGAGAGAUUUUGAGAAUUACAUUAAGUAUGAGAAUAACUCUAAAAAAAUGCUGGCUGCUAUUGUUUUUGACCAUGACUUCAAAAAUAGCUAUGAUCCCCUGCCACUUAAGGUAAAAUAUUAUCUGCGUUUUAGUCGUUUCGACAGGAUGAAGUUGCCAUCACGGCCUCAUGUGCAUGUCAAAAGCUGGAGAACAGCUUUUCUCUUUCCAUCUGUUCCUUCUGUACGACCCAGAAACAUGUAUGACCCUACUGGGGGAGAUCCUGGGUACAUCAAUGAAGGGUUCCUCCUCUUGCAGCAUUCCGUGGAUAAGGCCAUCAUGUUGUAUCAUAGCAGUGGUGCCGCAGAAAAGCUGUUCGACGCUAUCAGUAUUUUUGUUCAGAGAUUUCCAUACCCGACACAUCAUCGUGAUUUGUUCUUUACAUAUUCUGGUUUUUUUAUUCCUUUAGUAGUCUUGUUUAUGUUCUCUGUGAAUCAUUUUACCCUCAUUCGGUCCAUUGUGUGGGAAAAGGAAAACAGAUUGAAGGAAUACCAGCUCAUGAUAGGAUUCCGUAAUUGGAUGCUCUGGGCUGCCUAUUUCAUCACAUUCUUGUUUUUGUAUUUAAUUGUCAUAUUUUUCAUGUGCAUGAUUUUCUUCGCCAAGAUUGAACCUGUUCCAGUUCUCCAACACAGCGACCCAUCUCUCAUCUUCGUCUUUUUGCUGUGUUUUGCCAUCGCCUCAAUAUUCUUCAGCUUUAUGGUUAGCACAUUCUUCAAUAAGGCUAAUUAUGCUGUUGCUUUUGGAGGAUUCCUGUAUUUUGCCACCUAUUUUCCAUAUAACAUCAUCUCUCAAAAUUAUGCAAAGAUGACUCUCUUCCAGAAGCUGACUUCCUGUCUCAGCUCAAAUAUUGCAAUGGCACUGGGAACUCAAUUCCUAUUGAAGGCAGAAGUGGAUAAUAUUGGAAUUAAAUGGAGUAACAUUUUGUCAUCAACACAAAUUGAUAACUUUGUCUUUGCCUAUAUACUGGGAAUGCUUUUAUUUGAUGCUUUCUUGUAUGGUCUUGUGACCUGGUAUAUAGAAGCUGUCUUUCCAGGAGAGUAUGGUGUGCCCAAGCCAUGGAACUUUUUCUUGCUGCACUCUUACUGGUUUGGAGAAUCAGCUGAGAAGAAUAAAGAAAGAACUCAAUUUUAUGAGACAAUUCAAAGCAAGUACUUUGAGCCUGAACCUACUGACUUGGUGGCAGGUAUCCAGAUCAAACAUUUGCACAAGACAUUCCGAGCACGGAACACUACCAAAAUAGCUGUAAGAGACUUGUCUCUGAAUUUAUAUGAGGGACAGAUAACUGUUCUUCUAGGACAUAACGGAGCAGGAAAGUCCACCACUCUAUCCAUUCUUUCAGGUCUCUAUCCUCCUACCCGUGGGAAGGUCUUUAUUAAUAGAUAUGACACCUCAAAGGACAUGGUCCAGAUCAGGAAAAGCUUGGGCUUGUGUCCCCAGCAGGACCUGUUGUUUAAUUACUUGACAGUAUCAGAACAUCUUUAUUUCUAUUGUGUGAUAAAAGGAAUACCUAGAAAGCUACGUCCUAUGGAAAUUGACCAUAUGCUGUCUGCUUUUAACCUGCUAGAAAAGCGUGAUGCAUUUUCACAGUCACUGAGUGGAGGAAUGAAGCGCAAACUCUCCAUCAUUAUAGCACUUAUAGGGGGCUCCAAGGUGGUGAUACUUGAUGAGCCAACAUCUGGCAUGGACACAGUUUCAAGGAGGGUCACAUGGGAUCUCCUUCAGCAGUAUAAACAGGAUCGUACUAUCUUACUGACCACCCACUGUAUGGAUGAAGCUGAUGCCUUGGGUGACCGCAUUGCCAUCUUGGUCAGGGGGACCCUACAGUGCUGUGGCUCUUCAAUCUUCCUGAAGCAAAUAUAUGGUGUGGGGUACCACAUAGUCAUGGUGAAGGAACCUCACUGUGAUGUUGAACAAAUCUCCCAGUUGCUUCAUCAUCAUAUACCAACAGCUACUUUGGAGAAUGAUGUUGGAAGUGAGUUAUCAUUUAUUCUACCCAAAGAGUACACACACAGGUUUCAAGUUUUGUUUACUGAUCUGGAAGAAAGACAGAAAGAGCUGGGCAUUGCUAGCUUUGGUGCUUCUGUCACUACCAUGGAAGAAGUCUUUCUUAGGGUCAGUCAUGUGGCAGAUUCACAAGAUACGAACGCGAUCCAGCCUCCCUUCCAGAUGAACAAAUUCCUAAAGAAAAACCAGAAUGUGAAUACAUCCAUAAAUUUUGAGACAGUAGAUCGUGCCAUCCUUAAUGAAAGCUCUACUAUUAAAUUUAAUACUGGGUGGUCCCUCUACCACCAGCAGUUCCGUGCCAUGUUCAUAAAGAGGGCAAUGUUCAGCUGGCGCAGCUGGAAACUGGUGUUGCUACAGAUACUGGGACUUCUAGCUGUCAUUACCUUUCUCUUAAAAGUUGACAGUUUUUCAAAUCAGGAUAAUGAGAUUACUAGACAAAUGGAUUUGGGUCAAUAUGGUCAAACUAUUGUGCCUUUAUCUGUUUCUGGGAAUUCUAGUCUGACCGUGAAUCUCUUUAAACACCUGGAGAGUAUGCUAAAAUCUGAAAAACAAAUACUUCAGAAAGUACAAGGUAACCUACUGAAGUACUUGAUGGAGAAUAAAGACUGUGGUCACUUAUGCAUUGUUGCACUUUCCAUUGAGGAGAAAACAAAUGAAACAGUAUUGACUGCUCUUUUCAAUAAUGAAGCAUACCAUUCACCAUCUGCAUCUCUGAUGCUAUUAGACAACAUUCUCUUCAUGUCACUGUCUGGCCCUGAUGCUUCCUUAACAGUCUCCAAUAAACCUCAGCCAUACCAUGAUGCUAAUGACUUCGUUAGCAAUAUAAAUGGAGACUAUUUGGCCAUAAAUGUGCAUUUUGGCAUGGCUCUUUUAAUUAGUGGUUUUUGUCUCCUGACAGUGACUGAGAGAGUCACUAGGGCAAAGCACAUCCAGUUUGUGACUGGGAUUUAUGUGCUUAUAUACUGGAUUUCUGCUCUAUUGUGGGAUUUCAUCAUCUUCUUCAUUUCCUGCUGCUUACUAAUGGUGAUAGUCAAAUACUGUAAAGUGGAAGUAUUUCUCAUGGAGAACCGAUGGCUGGACAUAAUGUUGAUCUUCAUGCUGUAUGGCUGGUCUGCCAUUCCCCUCAUGUACCUGAUGAGCUUUCUGUUUUCUGAAAGUACUGCUGCCUACAUCAAGCUCGUCCUAUUCAACUACUUUUCAGGCAUUUUUAGUCUCCUCAUAGACAUGGCAUUGGAAUAUAAUGAGGAACUUGAAAGUAAAAUUUCAAAUGACACCAGAACCCUCAUGCUAAAUGCGUUACUGCUGUUUCCCAAUUACAACCUUGCGAAGGCCCUCGAGGAUUAUGCUGAUGUCUACCAGGACAAAACAUUGUGCGACACUCAAAAACACCCUCCUCCCCACAUAAAUUGUAGUAAAGCAAAUGCUGAGAAGAAUGUUUAUUCUUUGGAGGAGAAUAUGAUUGGAAAGUAUUUGAUUAUGAUGAGUACUCUAGGCUUUGUUUUAUUGCUGUUAAUUUUCGUUUGGGAGACUACUUUGUGGAAGCUAAAAAUAUUUCUCAACCGAUACGUAUACUUUGGUAUCUACAAGAAAUUCAAGAAUGAUAUAGUUUCCAAGGAAUUAUCUGGGGAAUCUGAAGAUGAAGAUGUAGAAGAGGAAAGGAAGAGAAUCCUGGAGCUGCCUCAGGAGUUGCUGAAUACUGUAGUACUUAUUAAGGAACUCAUAAAGAUAUAUUUUAAGUGUCCAGCCAUUCUGGCUGUGAAAAAUAUCUCCCUUAGAAUACGAAAAGGGGAGUGCUUUGGAUUGCUUGGAGUCAAUGGAGCAGGAAAAACCUCUAUCUUUAAAAUGCUGACUGGAGAAAGGACUGCUACUUCUGGGGAUAUGUUCAUUGAAGGCUUUAGCAUCACCCAUAAUAUCCUAAAGGUGAAGUCGAGAAUUGGCUAUUGUCCUCAGUCUGAUGCCUUGCUGGAGUACAUGACUGGUCGGGAAAUAAUGAUCAUGUAUGCCAGAAUAUGGGGAGUCUCUGAGCCCCAGAUUCACCUGUAUGUGAACAACUGGUUGAAAUCACUACAUCUGGAGCCCCAUGCUGACAAGCUUAUCUACACCUACAGUGGAGGAAACAAACGUAGACUGAGUACUGCUAUUGCCUUAAUGGGAAGGCCCUCAGUCAUCUUCCUGGAUGAGCCAUCAGCUGGCAUGGAUCCAGCAGCUCGGCGCCUGCUCUGGAAUCUAAUAACACAGAUACGUGAAACUGGCAACGCCAUCGCCAUAACCUCCCACAGUAUGGAGGAAUGUGAAGCCCUUUGUACCAGGCUGGCCAUUAUGGCGAAGGGGAAGUUCAUGUGCUUGGGCAGCCCUCAGCACCUCAAGAACAAGUUUGGCCAGGUUUACAUCCUGAAGGCCAAGGUCAAGCCUGAUACAGGUGAAGAUAAAUUAGAAGAUUUUAAAAUUUUCAUCUCAACGACCUUCCCAGGAAGUGUCAUUAAGCAGGAGAAUCAAAGGAUUGUUAACUACUACAUCCCCAGCAAGGACAAUAGCUGGGCAAAGGUGUUUGGAAUUUUGGAGGAAGCAAAAGAGGAAUUCAGUUUAGAAGACUAUUCCAUCAGUCAGAUAACUCUGGAACAAGUCUUCCUGACCUUUGCUUACACAGAUAAAGCAGAAGAUGAAUAUAAAAAAAAAGUACCAUGAGAUUCAGUUACAACCAGUCUUUCUUGGACCGAUCCCUGCUGCAUCUGGAUACAGAGAAGGAAAUUUUUGUCUGUGUAAUCUUGGUGUAAAUAUAUUUCAAUAAUAAAGAGUCCCCCAAUGGAAAACACUUGUCCCCUUCUUUCUAGAUUUAGGUGAG